UCAUAUUACGAUACGUUCAUUAGUGCGACGUUGAACAUACUACGUGAUACUUUAUGUUUCUCAUUUUUUUUUCCUCUAAUCAUUUUUUCAACAGUUUCGUAUAAAUCGUAGCUUCUAACAACUAAUUCGCAAUGACGCCACCGAUGGAGAGAAUACAAAUCCUUGAAACGAUUGAGAAGGAUAUUAUUGUGUGUUUGCAAAGUGCAGGCCAAGCUUUUGUGGAACUCAGUAAAGAGAAAAGUAGCAUGAAACAAGCUGAAGCGCAAACUCAGCAAUUUCUAAAAACACUAGGACACGUGGAAUCAAAAUUGAGCGAACAAAUUAAUUAUCUAACUCAAGUUUCUACAGGGCAACCACACGAAGGCUCUGGGUAUGCUAGUCAAAAAGUACUUCAAAUGGCAUGGCACAGGUUAGAACACGCACGAAGCAGAGUAAACGAAUUAGAGCGUAUUAAAAAUAAACCAAGAUAAACUCAUUGAAUGCUCUUUUUCUGAAUCAUCAUUUUCGAUGUAACAGAAAUUCAUACACAUAUGUUCGUUUAACACACUUCAUGAUGUAUAUACAUUCCCAAAGAUUUCCAUGCAAACGAAAUAAGUAAUAAAUUUCACAUCUAAGACGAA